GCCAACUUGCUCACCAAGACACGCCAGCCCUCUCCCCUCUCCUUCCUUCCACAGCACAAACCACGCAAUAGGCAAUACAAUCCACUAUAAAUCGCCCCCUGGCCAUGGCAACAGAGCUCUUGCCUUCCCGGACACACGGCCGGCCGGGGAGGCCAUGGACGACCUUCAGGAAUUCCAAGAGGCCGACGUCCUCUGGCCUGGAUCUGGAUACUCCGCCGACGACGGUGACACGGCAAGCAGCGUCUCCCCUGUUCUUCUUCCCGGAGGGGCGUCGCCGCCGCGGCCGGAGCAAUCUGCCCCGGUAGACGUGCCUCCGGCCCGGAAGCGGCGGCGCCUUUCUCGCUCCUGGGCGUCCGACGAGGACGACGAUGGCUGCUGUACCAACGACGCGAAGAGGGGCGCCGUGCUGCUGCCGCCGCACGUUAUCGUGGAUCGACGGCGGAGGAUCGGGGGAAUGAGGACGGCGGCCUACUCCAUGUGCGCCGGGAAAGGGAGGACGCUCAAAGGGCGGGACCUCCGCGACGUCAGGGACCGAGUGCUCAGGAUGACCGGAUUCAUCGAGGAAUGAAAUCGAAUUGGACACCGUGGAAUUAAUCGUGGAUACAUGUUGCUUCUGAAUGUCGAAUACAACGUGUGUGUGUGUGUGUGUGGAAGUUUGUGGCGACCUGAAGUUUUCGGUAAGAAUCAAGCUGAAGGAAAGAUAGGCGGGAGAUGUAAUCUCUCUGUUUAAUUAAUUAAUUUUAGUUGGUUAAUCAAACUUAGAAUGUAUUGGUAAAUUUGUUGUGAAUCAAAAAUAAAUGUACAUAGCUAAGAAACAGAGGAUAAGGGGGGGGGGCUUAAAAUUCUAAACUGAACAGAGCUCUGGCUUGUAGAAAUUCCUUUGAUUGGGUCAUAUAUGUGAACUAUUUUUAUUCACCAACA